GGAAGAGAUCCAUACCAAAUCAACGACUUUUUUUCUGCUGCUGCAUCCUGACUCACUCAGGCCACAGUCGUUUAUUUAUAUACCAGCUGUCACAGUGAAUCAAUCACACACUGCUUUUAUCACCUGGAUAAAUAUUAUUCAAUUAGUAAAAAUACCUUUUCCUUGUUGAAUAGCACAGCAAGAGCAAGAAGAAAACGGCGCAGAGCGGGGUAUAAAAUCAUCAAAAAUGCCCAAAGUAUACCUGCUGGACUAUGUUGCCGGCAAUGUUCGUAGCCUGGUCAACGCUAUCGAAAAGGUCGGCUUUGAAGUGGAAUGGGUCAAAACUCCAGAAGAGGUUGCCAAGGCAGAUAAAUUGAUCCUGCCAGGCGUAGGCCACUUUGGCCACUGCCUCUCUCAACUUUCCAAGGCUGGCUUCCUACCAGCCAUCCAGAAGCACAUUGCCGAUGGCAAGUCCUUUAUGGGCAUCUGUGUCGGCAUGCAAGCCAUUUUCUCUGGCUCGUCAGAAGACCCGGCAUGUCCCGGUCUCGGCCUGAUCAAGGGGUCACUGGACCGCUUCAACGACAGCACAAAGGCCGUACCUCACAUCGGCUGGAACGAUGCUACCAUUACUACGACCACACAGCCAAACAGCAACAAUGAGCCAUCAACGCUCCUUGACCUUCGUCCCUCCUCCAAGUAUUACUACGUCCACUCGUAUAAAUACCCUUAUGUCCCUGGCGAGCUUGAAGCGCAGGGGUGGACGGUAGCAACAGGAGUUUAUGGCGAGGAGACGUUCGUCGGUGCAGUCGCUCGCGGCAACGUCCUGGUUACGCAGUUCCACCCCGAGAAGAGUGGCGUCGCCGGCCUGCGAGUCCUCCGAUCCUUCCUGGACCCCUCCGGCGCUGCCUCACUAGGAUCGGCCGCCGUCGCACCACGGAACCCCGUACCCGCAGGACUGACCCGCCGCGUGAUUGCAUGCCUGGACGUACGCACCAACGAUGCGGGUGACCUCGUAGUGACCAAGGGCGACCAGUACGACGUCCGCGAGAAGUCAUCCGACCGUGGCGUCCGAAACCUCGGCAAGCCGGUCGACCUGGCCAAGAAGUACUACGAACAGGGCGCCGACGAGGUCACGUUCCUCAACAUUACCUCCUUCCGCGACUGCCCCCUAGCCGACCUGCCCAUGCUCGAGGUCCUCCGCCUCACGUCCGAGACGGUGUUUGUGCCGCUGACAGUCGGCGGCGGCAUCCGCGACACGGUCGACGUUGACGGGACCAAGGUGUCUGCCCUCGACGUCGCGAGCAUGUACUUCCGCAGCGGCGCCGACAAGGUCAGCAUCGGGUCCGACGCCGUGACCGCCGCCGAGGAGUACUACGCCGCCGGCAAGACCUUGUCCGGCUCCACCGCCAUCGAGCAGAUCAGCCGCGCGUACGGCAACCAGGCCGUCGUGGUGUCCGUCGACCCGAAGCGCGUCUACGUGGCCUCGCCCGAAGCGACACGUCACGCCACCAUCCAAACCGCGUUCCCGGGCCCCAACGGCGAAGCUUACUGCUGGUACGCGUGCACGGCCAAGGGUGGGCGGGAGACGCGCGAUGUCGACGUGGUGGAGCUGACACAGGCCGUAGAGGCCAUGGGUGCCGGCGAGAUCCUGCUCAACUGCAUCGACAAGGACGGCACCAACAGCGGUUUCGACCUGGAGCUGAUCGCGCAGGUCAAGGCCGCCGUCAAGAUCCCCGUCAUCGCCAGCAGCGGAGCCGGCAACCCGGGACACUUUGAGGAGGUGUUUGAAAAGACCACGACUGACGCCGCGCUCGGGGCUGGUAUCUUUCACCGCGGAGAGUACACCGUUACGCAGGUCAAGGAUCACCUGGCGACCAAGGGAUUGCUGGUGAGACAGUUCGAGGGGGAGUUGUGAGUUUGGUUUGUCUUUGGUAUGGGUGAUUCACUGGACAGACCUAGUGAAACCCCCUGAUGUUUAUAGUUCGAAACCAGACAUAAAAGGAUGCUAACACCGUGUGAUGCGAGCCACAUCAUGAUCAGAUCACGCAAGAAUGACAAUAUGCAAAAUGAGUAGUACCAUGUGCAGUAUUUUUUGAAAUACCCUAAUGUCC